CCUCCCCGAUGAAGCCGUCAAUCGCCUCCUCGCUCAAGAUACUCAACAUUCCUCAAAUAUAUUGCAUUGGAACAAUGUUCUGGGACGACAAAUAUGGAGCCGAGGGAUUAUCUGCAUACGCUAUUGGACAAAUGAGAGUUCUGAUGGCGGAUGAUUCAAUCAAUAUGAACAUGCCCAAUAAUUCCUUCGUGCUUGACGUUGAUUCCAACAUACCUUUUUUGAUGGAAAAAAUGUGCACAUCCUUCAUUGAUAUCAGCCUAUCUGAUGUGGAUCCAUGGGCCAUCAUCCACCAAAGAUCUGACUUCCACGUCAUGUUGCAACAAAUUGAUUGAGGUUACUUGAACUAAUCAGUGCAUGAGUGUUCAGAUAAAUAUGCAUUGAAUUCUUCCCUUCAAUAUUCACACCAUCAACAAUUGGAAUUUGGGAAUGACAUUGCUACUUUCGAUUUUCCUAGAGUGCCCAAGUUCAUUACAACAAAAAUGGUUGCAAAUAACAUAUAUCCUCCAUUGUCUAAAUUGCACCUGCAACGCUGUUUUUGCUGGUGUCGUCCUCUGAUCAGCAACAAUUGGAAUUUCGUAUCAAUCUAGGGUUUCUUCCCCUUUUAAUUAUAUUUUUAAUUUUCCA